AUGCCGUUAACAAGUUUUGACAUAGCUACUUUAACAAAAAAUUCUUCUGGUGGAAUUGUUGUGGUGGUCAUAGAUAGUACGAGUAUAGUUGUUGACAGAUUUGAUGCUUUUUAUCACCAUAUUUGGGAUCUAACAAUUUUAAAAAAUUUAGCUUUAAGAGAAAUUUUGAAUUGGGCACUUUCUAAAGAUUGGAAGAGAUUAAUUUUUGAAGGUGAUGCUCUCCAGUUUCUGUACUCCUUCUACUAUAUUAAAACUUCAUUACAUAAAUUUCCUCGUCUCCAUGUGGCACGUAAUGCUGCUACCAUCAAUUUGACAAAAAAAAAACACCAUAUUUCUCCAAAAAUGUCUAAAAUCACACUACUCUCUUUUUUUUUCUUCUUCGUUUACUUAUCAACUGCUGAAACUUCUUUCAAUGUACUUAAAUUCGGUGCGAAACCUGACGGCAAAACUGAUUCGACAAAGCCAUUUCUCAUGGCAUGGUCAUCUGCGUGCAAUUCACGUACUUCAUCAACUGUUUAUGUUCCGAAAGGAAGGUAUUUGAUAAAGGCGAUAGAAUUUCGAGGGCCAUGCAAGAGCAAAAUUAGGGUUCAGAUUGACGGAACCAUUGUUGCUCCGACGGAUUAUAGAGCUUUGGGAAAUUCAGGGUAUUGGAUUUUGUUCAUUCAAGUUAAUGAUAUUUCUGUGUUUGGUGGUACUCUUGAUGCUAAAGGUGCUGGUUUUUGGGCUUGUCGGAACUCUGGGAAGAGCUGUCCUGUUGGAGCUAGGUCUAUAACAUUCAACUGGGCAAACAACGUGUACAUAAGUGGGUUGACAUCAAUAAACAGUCAGUCAAUACACAUGGUAAUAAAUAGCUGCAACAAUGUUGUAGUUAGAAAUGUGAAGGUUGUAGCUCCAGACCAGAGUCCCAACACAGAUGGAAUCCAUGUUCAGACAUCAACUGGAGUUACCAUUACCGGAAGUACGCUUCAGACCGGAGACGAUUGCAUUUCAAUCGGUCCUGGCACCAGGAACUUGCAUAUGAGCCAUAUUAAGUGUGGCCCAGGCCACGGCAUCAGCAUUGGGAGCUUGGGCAGACAAUUCAAAGAAGAUGGAGUCCAAAACAUAACCUUAACAGAUGCAGUAUUCACAGGAUCAGAUAAUGGUGUAAGGAUCAAGACAUGGGCUAGGCCCAGUACCAGUUUUGUGAGGAACAUUCUCUUCCAAAACAUUAUUAUGAAAAAUGUGAAGAACCCGGUCAUUAUUGACCAGGAUUAUUGUCCUGACAACAUUGGUUGUCCUAAUCAGAGUUCUGGGGUGAAAAUUAGUCAAAUUACAUACAAGAACAUAAAGGGAACAUCAGGGACACCGGAGGCAGUGACAUUUGAAUGCAGCAGAAGUAAUCCAUGCAAAGGAAUAAGAUUACAAGAUAUAAGGCUUACUUAUAUGAACAAGGCUGCAACUUCUUCAUGUAAGAACACUCAAGGAAGCAGCACUGGACUACUCAUACCCGAGAGUUGCUUAUAAUAGUUUACAUUUUAGUAGAAGAUUAUAAUUAUUUGUUGAAUAGGAGAAAAAAGAAUUAAUUAACUUUAAUUUGGAUUUGUUGGCAUAUGUAUAUGCACUCCAUGUGGAGGUGUCUUCUACAAACUACAAUGUAAUUUAGCACUCCAUAUGUGGUAGUGUCUUUUAAUUUAAUGUAUAUUAUUUGCAUAAA